UGACUUCAGUAUUCAAUAGAAUUUUAUCAAUAGCUUGCGUUCAGAGAAAAUUUUUCGAUUAGGCUACUUUCAUUAUUUUUUUUUUAAGUUUUUGGAUAGCGUAAUUGCAUUUCCUAAAAAGAGUUCACCAUGGCUGAGUUCCCGAUGUGUGUGACGCCGUCGCAGCGUGAACUGGCUCGGCUCACCGAGGAAGAACGCUUGACCGCCGAGCUGAAGGUGAAGGAGCGGAAGAAGGCUGCCAAGACGGCAAAAAUGUCGAUUCCUGGGAAUGCUCAGUCCUUAAUGCGCCACAAAAUGUGGCUGCAACACCGCGAACGGGUCAAGGAGGCGAUCAGCAAGGUGGACGCCGAGGCACCCACUUUCCAGGCUGCCCGUAUCACAGGGGUGAACAAUUUGCGUGACGAGGCGGUGAAUUUCAUGAAGCGAACCAAAGCUAAUAUCCAAUUGCUGGUAGAAAUCUCCCGGACGAUGCGCACCCACGGAGCCAUCAAUCCCUUCCGGGGCGAGGAGGUGCACGCCGUCUCCGCCGUCCCUGUGAUCCUUCUCAAUCUGGAGAAGUUGGAGCAGGAGAACCGGGAGUUUGGGAAGCGUAUUGCGGAGGUGACCAGUGAGGUGGACUCGGGCUUGUCCGACAGGUUGGCUGCUGGCCGGAACACGGUCCAGCUGCCGCCGUUGGAACUCCCCGAAGCGGCCAUGGCCAAAUACGAGGCAUACAAUAUAGAGUUGCCAGAAUCCGACGCUGAACUCCGCCGACUAUUCCGCCCACGUAUCUACUUCGAGCUUUACUUGAAGGACGCCCGUCCCCUGGGCCGUAUAGUGAUCCAGCUAUACACGGAGGCCUGUCCACUGGUCGUGCUCCAGCUGAUCCGUUCCUGCAUGUGCAACCAGCACCAGAAGUUCCUGGUCAAGCGCCUCUUCCCCAACCUCUGGCUGGAAGCUGACCUGGAGCUGUCGCAGGACUCGCUGCUCCACCAGCCCCUGGAGUAUGAUGCCAAAGUGAUCGAUCACGGAGAAUCCGGCUAUGUGCUUUCCUUUAGCAAGGCCUAUGUCAAGGGAUUCCUUCAGCACUUGUCCUUUGCCAUCUCCUUCAAGCCCCUGAAUGUGGUGAACGGCUCCAGGGUGGGAUUCGGCCGAAUCGUAAAGGGCAGCAAAAUAUGCGACUGCAUCCAGAGCUACGGCACUAAGAACGGAAAACUCAGCCGGGGUCUGGUCUUCACCAGCUGUGGGCUUUUGUAAAUCGAGUGUUGACAAGAUCUAAAUUGUACAUGUAACAAAUCCGAGAAGUCCCCCAAAUACUCGUACACGCACACAGACUAUCGUAUUCAGUGCCUCGAAUAAAGUUCCAAUUUAUAUGUA